AUGACCUCAACAGAGUUACCUGAAACUACCACUUUAGAAUCAUUGCUUUCCAGAUUUGAGACUUUGAAGUCGAAGAGACAAGAGACUGUACGAUUAAAUAAAUUAGAAGUAUCUCAAGAUAUUCGCUUGCAAAAGUUAAAUUCAUUACAAUCUCGAGGCAAAUCUAUCGAUGCCGAUCAAAGCACCAGAAAUGAUUUGGAUGAAAAAGAUAGAUUGAUGGAAUAUACCAUUGAAGAAUGUGAGAAAUGGCAAGAAAAACAACAAAGAAAAGCAAAUAAUGGAAUACAAGAUCAAAAUAAAUUAGCAGAGUCUUCAUAUUAUAAAGAAAUUAGUGCUAUUAAAAUAGAUAAGGAAGCUUAUAGGUUACUGAAGGAAAAUGAAAUCAAGGGUAUCAGUCCUAAUGAUUCUCCAAUAAAUGACGCCAAAGAUGAAGUGAGUAAAUUGAUGAAAGAGUCAAAAGAUCGAAAAUUUAACAAGAAGAAAAGAGGUAGAGAUGAAGCGGAUGAAAAUGUUGGAAAUUACAUCAAUGAAAAGAAUAGGCAGUUCAAUAUGAAACUAAAUAGGCAGUAUCAAUAA